GGUGCGUGUGGCUGCCGCCAUCGCCAUCGCUACUCCUUGCAAUCCAGAGCGCGAUUUCCAGGUAUGGAUCCAGGAAUUUCCUGGCGAUCCGAGAUCCCGGCGGAUAGAUGAUCGCGGAAACGUGUUUUCGGGCAAAUGCGGCUGCAGCGAUGGAGUUUUAGGCUAUGGCAUAUGGUGUGACAUGGGGCUGGAAGAUCUAGACUAUGCGUUUCUAUGGCGUUCUAGUUGUUUAUCAUGGGAGAUACAGCUGGUUUUGACACCAGUGACAACCGCAAAGGAUUUGGACUCGCUCUAGCUUCCAGUGUCUUCAUCGGCUCUAGUUUUAUCAUCAAGAAGAAAGGAUUGAAACGCGCAGCUGCGGACGGAGUAAGAGCAGGUUCUGGAGGGUAUUCGUAUCUCUAUGAGCCUUUGUGGUGGGUCGGGAUGAUGACGAUGAUUGUGGGAGAAAUCGCAAACUUUGCUGCUUAUGCAUUUGCUCCAGCGAUACUUGUGACUCCUCUCGGUGCUCUCAGCAUCAUCGUGAGUGCUACCUUAGCGCAUUUUGUGCUCAAGGAGAAGCUCCAUGUACUCGGGAUGCUGGGCUGCCUUCUUUGUAUUGUCGGAUCGAUCACUAUCGUGCUCCACGCACCAGGGGAGCGAGUAAUGACUUCAGUGACAGAGAUUUGGGAUGCUGCUACUCAACCUGGAUUUAUGCUCUAUGCACUGUGCGUGUUGUCUUUGGUCAUGAUGCUGAAGAUCCAUUUUGUUCCCCAGUAUGGAAACACUCACGUAAUGGUUUACAUUGGCAUUUGCUCCCUGGUGGGCUCUCUUUCGGUCAUGAGCGUGAAAGCUCUUGGAAUUGCCUUGAAGCUAACGUUUCAAGGCCAGAACCAGCUGAUAUAUGUCCAGUCGUGGAUAUUUGCAAUCUUUGUGGCUGUUUGCGUUGUCACGCAAAUGAAUUACUUGAACAAGGCACUCGACACUUUCAACACUGCCAUCGUUUCUCCAGUCUACUACGUCAUGUUCACAGCGCUGACAAUCCUCGCGAGCGUGAUAAUGUUCAAGCUACUCACACAGGACUGGGAUGGACAAACACCAUCCACGAUCGUGACCGAGCUUUGCGGAUUCAUCACCAUCCUUUCGGGGACGUUUUUGCUGCAUGUCACCAAGGACCUUGGUGACAACGCGUUGGAUUCGGGAAUGAGCAUUUAUACUGGAAUGACUCCAUCAACGUCGACUAGAUUAUCAGUAGAGAUUGGGGGCUUUAGACAUUUUGAGACCAACGAGCUCGAGAUGGAAGGGAUUGACAUGGAGAACAUCCCGCUGAGAAGAGAACCAGCAGCUCGGCUGGUUUUUUGAUCGAUUGAGGUUUUAGAUGGUUUUUUCUCUUUGUUAUUACCUUUGGAUCUUUUUCGUUCUUCCUUUUGACAUGUAUAUAGAGAAAGAGGAGAUAAGAAAUGGCUACGUGGCGUCAACGCACUGGCCAAUGUGAUGCUGUUU